UUUCGGUUAUCGAAAGUUACUGUUGUUUGUAAGAAUUAUUACAUACUUAUUCUUGUGAAUGGUCAGAAUCGUGUCCCAAAAUGCACGUCCGAAUAAGAGUAUCUGGAAAGUCUGACACCAUAGUGGUAGUGGAGUCGAAACUGACUAAAAUUGAAAAUUUUCGACGAAUCAUUAAAGACAAAUUUGACAUCGACGUAAAAUUACAGCGAUUAUUCUACGGAGGAAAGUUGCUAGAGGAUGGUUAUACAUUCCACGAUUACAAUAUUAAGUUGAACGACGUCAUACAACUUAUGAUUAGAGAUGCACCACAAGGAAAGGCCGAAAAAGAGGAUAAUGAUACCUCAGCUUCAGGCAAGGUGGAGCAGGAUAAUCAAACAUUUGACAAAAAUAUUAUCCAUACAGAUGUAACCAGCCAAUAUUACAUUGUUGGUGACAUUAUUGACAUGCGAGAUAGAGAGUAUGGUGCAUGGUUUGAAGGGAAAAUAGUCAGAAUAGUGUUGGAACCUAAAGCUCAGCACAAAUACACAGAUAUUGAUCAUCAAAAGAGUGAAAUUAUAGAUUUGAAAGAUGAGAGUCAGGGAAGUGAUUCUGAAAACACUCCUCCGGGAGAAAUUGUGAAUGAGGAAAACCCUAAAUCUAAAAGAAAAGGAAUUGCUAAAUAUUUCACUAAAGCUGUUAAUAAAAAGAAAGAAAUUCAGGUCAGCAGUAGAGUCCAUGAAGAUGAUCUGCUUUUUAAAAUACAACUUGACGAUGACGAAGAAGACUCUGACAUUUAUUGCAAAUUAAAAGAAAUUAGACCUCGGGCACGCAAUGUUGUUGAAAUGACUGACUUGAAAGAAGGACAAACUGUUAUGAUUAACUACAACACUGACCAUCCUCUGGAAAAGGGUUACUGGUAUGACUUCACCUUAAGUGAAAUAAAGAAAACCCGCACGACCUAUGAACUUGUAGGUACUUUGUAUUUGGGACCUGAAGCUGUACCCCAAAAUGAAACACAAGUGAAAGUUCACGAUAAGAUUUUCAACAUUGAAGAAGUAAUUCCACUUGAGAAAAGAUCUGAAGAAUAUAAACGUAUGAUGGCAACACUGCCUGAGAAACGAUCAUCUCCUCUGAACUGUUUGACCUGCCGCGACAAUGAAAUGACGCCGUGCAAGGAUUGCGGGUGCUUUUUGUGCUUAGGAAAAGAAAAUCCUGAAAAGAUAGUGCUUUGUGACGAGUGCAACAAUGGUUACCAUAUGAAAUGCCUUAUACCACCACUGAAAGAGCUUCCUGAGGAAGAUUGGUACUGCCCGUCAUGCAAACGCGACCCUACCGAUGUAGUGGCGCCAGGUGCUGCUAAGCAGACGAAAAAGACAACAGCUUCGAAGAGUAGCAGGGAUUGGGGAAGGGGCAUGGCUUGUGUAGGUAAAACAAAAACAUGUGCAAUGCCGCCAAAUCAUUUUGGGCCGAUUCCUGGCAUUGAAGUAGGCAUGUGCUGGAGGUUCCGCAUACAGCUUUCAGAAUCGGGCGUCCACAGACCUCCGGUGUCAGGCAUACACGGGCGCGAUGUAGAGGGUGCAUACAGCAUUGUGCUCUCGGGCGGUUACGAGGACGACGUGGACAACGGCGACGAGUUCACGUACACAGGCAGCGGGGGCCGGGACCUUUCCGGGAAUAAGAGAACUGCUGAGCAAUCGUGCGACCAGACUCUCGCCAGGGAAAAUAAGGCUCUUGCACGGAACUGUGCGGUGAAGCAAAUCAGCGAGACGGGUGGCGACGCCGGGGAUAACUGGCGGGAAGGGAAGCCGGUUAGAGUCGUGCGCUCCUACAAAAUGUUGAAACAUUUCCCCAAGUAUGCUCCUAAGGCAGGCAUCCGUUAUGACGGAAUAUACAAAGUGGUAAAGUAUUACCCAGAAAAAGGUUUGUCUGGCUACCGUGUGUGGAAGUACUUGUUGCGACGUGAUGAUCCCAGCCCAGCCCCGUGGGAAGCCGGGGCAAAGGAGUAUUCUCUUGUUUAUCCCGAUGGCUACCUCGAAGCAGAAGCUGAGAAACAAGCGUUAAAAGAGAAGAACAGCAAAGCUGCUAAAGGAGGCAAAAAGAGAGCUCUUCGGGAGAGCAACGUCUCCGAAUCGAAUGGCAACGCUUCUCCGCCAGGAAAGAAACGAAAAACUGCGAAGAAGGGAACUCCUGACCCGAAAAAUAGCGGUGAAUUUUCUAAUAGCACCAAUGUGAGUCCAAAAACAAAAAUACCAAGUAUGUUCGCCGGCCGGAAGAGCACAAAGCAAUCACCGGUAAAAGUAGACAACGCUUUAACCGACGCGGAAACACUGGCCAUAAAAGAUGACGCUCUCAAUAAGAAGUUGUGGGAGGAAUGCUUAGAAGUGUGUCGCAGCAAUGGCAAAAAGGGACUAGUCGACCAUGUGACACAAGUAUUCUUAUGCAUCAUAUGUCAAGAUGUGCCUGUGGGUCCGGUCACUACACCGUGUUUACACAAUUUCUGCAUGGCCUGUCUAAAACUAGCGUUCAAGUCGACUGGCGUGCGGACUUGCCCCUGUUGCCGACAGAGUCUGGUCAAAUACGAACCAGAACACAACGAAAAACUGAGAGCUGCCCUCCAGUGCAUCAUGCCUGGUUACGACGCAGGAAGAAAAUAGACCCGAUAUCUCGUGGUUGUAAUAAAUUUGGCUGUAGCUAUAUGACACGAAACACUUGAAUAUAAAAAGAUGGUCUUUAAAAAUAUAGUACUUGUCUUCAUUAUGGUGUCAUUAAAAUAUAACUCAUCUGAAGCUGUGUUCAAGCAUUUCUGUAGCUAUCUUGAUUAAGCUGUCAGCGAAGUGAUAUUUACUGGUGAUCAAAGCGAAAUCUGCAUUUGCGACGUACUUCAUUUUUUGUAGAGAUGCACACGUGCAACGUCAUGUGUUACUUUUUUUAGCACGUUUCAGUAAAAUAUUAUCGAACUUUACAUAAAAUUGCCACAUUUCCAAUUCGAAUGACCUUCUAUACUAUACAAUGACUUUAAAUCUACCUCAGUGGCCUUACGGUUCCCAUGCUGGACUGUCACGCAGAGGUCCCGGGUUGGAUUUCCGGCCGGGAGAAAUACUUUCAUGGCCUACAUUUAUUUCUGUCGUGAGUUUGGGUGUACUUUGUGGUUGUCUAUAUGUGUCUAUGGCACACGCGAUACAGGGUUCUCCUAAUGCAGAGCUAUGAGUGUGUGCGCGUUAUUGUUAAGUUGCACUCUGAACAAAAAAGUGGCGUAAUUCGAAAAAUAAUUAUUGGGGUAAAUGAAAAUUACAGUCGCAUAUGUUAAAAAUGUGUUGUAUAUGAAACACUAUAAUUAUAUUAACUUUAUUUUGUACGUUGUUUUUUACAUUUUAUUUGUCAUUUUCCCAAAAAUGUUGAUUUUCGAAUUAUUAUACGUCUCAUUGUUAGUGAGCUUGUGAAAUUUACUUCAAU